GUGUGCUCCGUGUUUGACCCAUCCUCUAGGGGAGGGGUGAGCUGCAGACACAGCCGCACUUGGGAACCAUUUGGUGGCUUAACACCCCAAUCCAACCCCUUAACCCUGAGUGUCAAGCAGGGAGUCAUUGAGUCCCAUUUUUUGGUAUGACUCGGGUUUAACAAAAAAACAGCUUUAAGUUUUUUCUUAAAAACCUCCACAGUGGCUGAAGCCCUCACGUCCUCAGGCAGACUGAUCCACAGGUGAGGCCCACAGUGCUGAAAGGAGGCCUCGCCGUGGGUUUUAGUUCUGACCUUCGGGACCACCAGCAGACCUGCACCUGUGGACCUGAGGGCUCUGGGAGGGUCAUAGACUAAAAUUAAAUCUGAUCAAAAUGAGGUUCCAUUCUGGUUCCAUGAGUUCCAUGUAAACUUUUAGAAACUAAUAAAAGAACCUUAAAUUUGAUCCUAAAGCUGACUGGGAGCCAUCCAAAGACAAGAACUGUACUUCCUCAAAAAUACUUUGUAAACUGUGUUGGAAACCACACCUUUAAACUAUUCUCAGAUCUUCUGCAAUUCUGUCUAAAGCUGGUAGGAACUGGGGAAGAAGUUGUUUUUAUUUUAGAUCUGCUGAUCACCUUUAUAUUUAAAAUCAACUCUGGCUCCAUUUAAGCUCAUUCUGCUUUGAUGCACAGCAGAAUUUGUUGAAAGAUGGAGGAGGAGAUCCAACACUCUUCUGUGGUUUUCAAAGGUAGAGCUGCAGCUUCAAGAAAAGUCCAAGCAUCUGGCAGCAGGUUUCAUCACCUGCUGUGUUUUGGGAUCAUUUGUUUCCUCCUGUGUGUCAUCAUCAACGUUGCCAUCACUUACUUCGCCAUGGAAACAAAGAAACUGAAGAAAAAUCUCAGUGACCUGGAUGCAAAAAAUGAGCAACUGACUUUGGAGAAAAGAGAUUUACAAAACCAGACUGAAGAUCUGAGGAUGAGCAUGACAAAGCUGACUGCAGAGAAGCUGUUCUUCAAGAACCAAACCAAGGAGAUGACGGUUAACAUGACAAUCCUACAAAACCAGAACGAGCAGCUGAGAAACAGUGACAAACUGAACAAGAUCCUGGCAGCAAUCAUUAGUUACUCCAACUUUCCAGCUGAUGUCUUCUGCCCUAAUGAAGUUUUUCAGACAUGUCCCAAAGACUGGAUUCAGUUUAAGGAAAGCUGCUAUUUUUUUUACAACUUAAACUCUCAGUGGAAAACAUGGAACGAAAGUCGACAGUUUUGUCAAAGCAACAAAUCAGACCUGGUGGUUAUCAGCAGUCUUGAGGAACAGAACUUCAUCAAAAAUAAAAUACAAUACUACUAUGAUACCCAUCACGGAUACUGGAUUGGUUUACAAAAAGUGAACAACAACUGGACCUGGGUGGAUGGCAGUCCAGACACACUUGGGUACUGGAAUAACCCAGGGAGCUCAGAGGAUUUUACACUUAUAGUCCAAGAUGCCCCUUUGAACCAGAGCUGGAUCCAAAACGGAAAUGGCUUUUUGAACAAAUACAUCUGUGAGAUUAAAGCUUUAAUUUUCUGAUCAGUUAAACUGAA